AUGCCUGUUGAAAUAGAAUCGAUUAACUCAACACACAUUGCUUCAAAUAGCGAAACAAAGAAAAUGAAUAAGCUUUGUCGUCAACUGUCAAUCGAGAGUCCUAGCGUAACUGGACGUGACUGCGUCUUUAGUUUUGAUGUUCCUGUACCAGAUGUACCGAUAAAAGGUGCCAGGAUACGCGUAGUUUGUGCCGGUGCUUGCUAUCAUCCGAGACGAUCACCAAGUCUGGGAAGUUUAACAUCAGUAUCAAGUGCAAGCAGCCUUGCAACUGAGAGUUCUGUUGAGUGUGAUUUUCCCAUGAUUCUUCCUCAUUAUGGUGUUAGAGAUGCUGCAUUGUUUCCUGGCUAUGAAGUUGCUGGUAUCAUUGAAUCGCUUGGAUCUGGAGUUACGGAUGAUUGCAACUUUGUCGUUGGUGAUCGAGUCAUUUUGUAUCCGUUUGAGGGAAUACCUAAUGGAUACGUUGAGUACCUAGUUGUUCAUGAUCUUAAAUAUCUAAUUAAAAUUCCUGAGAAUAUGUCGCUCAGUAUCGCAGCAAUGUUGCCAGCUGGUGCUUUGCUUGCUAUGAAUACAGUUUUUGCUGCUCACGAACACGUACAGCAACUUUUAAAAGAACGUGCGGAAGAUCAAGUUUGUAAAAUUCUUAUAGUAGGUACAGGAGGACUCGCUCUGUGGACACUUAGAAUAGCUGCGUAUUACUUUAGUAAUAUGCAAAAUAAAGUUACUAUUACAGUAGCAUCACUGAGAGAUGAUGGGUUACUUAUGGCACAAGAAUUUCAACAGGUUAAUGUAGUUGAAUGGAACGAGGGAUUAUACGAGAAGCAAUUAAUUGAGCGUACUAUGGAUGCCUGUCAAGGCCAAGUAGAUGUUGUGAUCGACUAUGGCACCACUUCAAGAAGUCUUCAUCGUAGUUUACAAUGUUUGGGUAAAGGUGGUGUAGUUUUUGUGAUAAAAGAAGUAGCUGAUCGUCUUUUACCUAAAUUCAGUAAACGCGUUGACGAACGCCAGCAAAAUAUAAAAUCUAUAGAACCGGGUAGUCUUGAUCAACUCAGCGAGCUCGUACAGUUAGUUGCAAGUGGGAAAAUUGAACCGCCACCUCACACAGUCUACCCUGCUGAACAAGCAAUGGACGUUGUACAUAAACUUUGUCAUUCAGAAAUUCAGGGUAGGGCAAUUCUUCGUUUUCAUCCAACAGAUUAA